AUGGUGAACGCCGCAGGUGUUUUUCGUAUAUGUUAUGCCUCUUCGACUUCGACCGCCCACUACUACUACUACUACUACUACUACUACUACCACUACUACUACCACUACUACUACUACUACUACUACUACUACUACUACUACUACCACUACUACUACUACUACUACUACUACUACUACUACUACUACUACUACUACUACUACUGA